GCUAAAAAAAACCUGCUGAAAAAUAUCCUGUACGUUAUAAAAUAUAUACCCAUCUUAGGUUUAGGAUUAUAACACUGUUAGUGAUGUUUACACUGAGUAUUUAAUCCGGCGGUGUUUAACUCCUCAUAGUGCUGAUUAACUUCAUCAUGCCUGAAGCAGAUUUAGAUAGUAAAGAGCCGGAUGUAAAUCUUUAUGAUCUGGAGGAUCCCACCCUGGAGAGGUGUUUCAAAGGUCACAGAGAUGCAGUACCAUGUGCAGAUUUCAGUCCAAGCAAGAAGCAGCUGGCCACUGGAUCCAGUGACAAGACUGUAAUGGUCUGGAACCUCAACCCAAAAGCCAGAGCCUUCAGGUUUGAGGGUCAUAAAGAUGUGGUAACUGCUGUUCACUUCUCACCAUCUGGUUAUUUGUUAGCUUCUGCAUCCAGGGAUAAGACUGUACGACUCUGGACACCAAACAUCAAGGGAGACUCAACUGUUUUUACAGCACACACAGCCACAGUGCGCAGUGUAAACUUCUCCAGUGAUGGGCAGAGGCUGAUCACUGCCUCGGAUGACAAGUCUUUAAAAAUAUGGAGCGUGCAUCGGCAGAAGUUCAUCUACUCUUUAAACCAGCACACCAACUGGGUGCGCUGUGCAAGGUUUUCACCAGAUGGACGAUUAGUGGCAUCCUGCGGAGAUGACAGGACGGUUCGUCUUUGGGACACGUCAUCCCGCCAAUGCAUCAAUACAUUCACCGACUACGGCGGACCAGCAACAUUUGUUGACUUCAAUGCCAGCGGUACUUGUAUUGCAUCCUCUGGAGCAGACAACACACUGAAAAUAUGGGACAUUCGAACAAACAAACUUAUACAACAUUACCAGGUCCACAGUGCAUCCGUCAACUGCUUUUCCUUCCACCCAUCUGGAAACUACCUCAUCAGUGGCUCCAGUGACAGCACAGUGAAGAUCCUGGACCUCCUGGAGGGAAGACUCAUCUAUACCCUUUAUGGCCACAAGGGUCCAGUUCUGGCUGUGGUUUUCUCUCGUGAAGGAGAUCUUUUUGCAUCUGGUGGAGCUGAUUUACAGGUCUUGAUGUGGAAGACCAACUUCGACGCACUGAACUACAGGGAACUGUUAAGCAGACACAGCAGGCGGGUAACUCCGGACCCCCCUCCUCAUCUGAAUGAUAUCUACCCCAGGUCUCCCCACCUCCACCAUACCCAGAAUGAAACUGUUGAGAUUAAUCCUGUUGUUACUAACAUCCAGUCAGCUGAUCCUCAUGUGGUGGAGGUAGGAGAGGUUCCUUACAACAUGCCGGGUGUAACUCUGCGUGGGGUCACAGGCUUUAGAGAUCGACCAAGCACUGGUAUUGCCUCAGCCUCCUCCUGUACUUACAGACAAGAGGAGGAGCGAGAGGAAGAUGAAGAGAAAGAAAGGCUAGGACAUGGGGUUAUGGACCUGUUGGAUGAGCACUGUGGACUUCCACCAGCAUUUAGAAGCACUCUGGAGCACAUUGUCCAGCAGCUGGAUAUUCUGACCCAGACUGUAGCUGUUCUCGAAGAGCGCCUCACCCUGACAGAAGACAAGCUGAAGGAGUGUCUGGACAACCAGGCUCUUAUUCUUCAGCAGGCACUGCAGACAGACGAGCCAAGUGAGCAGAGGGGCGCUGAGGGACCGGCUGUGUGAGAGACUGAGACCGACCCACUUCAGCCACCGUGGUGGUCCCCACUUCAGGGAUCACUGACUCUGGCUUGAAGUAGAGUGCAGACACAGCAAUCAUUUAUCAUUUCUCCCUCCUACGUAUAAUUCCUUCUCUCCACCUGGCUUCCUUCAUUACAGAAAAGACACUGGACAUGGCAGAAAGUAAAAUAAAAUCUAGAAUGCAUUGAAACAAAAGGGAAGUGGUAAGUGGGGGGGAAGCAGGGUGGAGGUUUGAGGGAUUGUGCAGAAGUCAGUUCCAGAAAUUCAUUAAGUCUCUGCAGAGGAGACAGCUGCAGCUAGCAAAACAUCCCAGUCUUGUUUUGACAGCACUGAGGGGUGGCAUUCUUCCGGACAGCCGUUCUGAAGACUGAUCAGGAGAGAGUGAGCAACACUCACUGCUAAGACAAUCUCUCUCUAUCUCGAUUCCUUACUUUCUUUUUUACUCCUUAAUCUCCCCAAUAUAUGUUCUCACAGAUCUUUACAUUAGUAAAACAUUCUACAAAAGAA